CCCGCCGCGAUGCCGAUCAGCUUCAACUUUGGUCCUGAAAAUGACCCAGAGCUCCUGGCACAGAGACCGAAGACACCGGUCACUCUGCUGGCAGGAUUUUUGGGGGCUGGGAAGACAACGCUACUGACACACUUGUUGGACAACAAGCACGGCCUCCGCAUAGGAGUUGUGGUGAACGACCUGGCCUCAGUGAACAUCGAUUCACAGCUGCUGCGCUAUGACCAUGGCCAGCAUGGCCAGGUGGAGGUGGCGGAGCUUCAGAAUGGCUGUGUUUGCUGUUCCUCUGCGGAGGAUCUCUUUUCCGCGGUCCAGACCCUUGUGAUGCGAUCAAAGGACCAUCCCUUCGAACACAUUUUGGUGGAGCUCAGUGGCGUGGGGGACCCACAGGCCAUUCGAGACAACUGGGCCCUGGCCAUGGAGUGUCAGCUUCCUGCAGCACUCCUAACGUGCCUGGCGAGGGUCAUCACGGUGGUGGAUGCCAGCAGCUUUGCCCAUGACUGGCAGGACACCAG